GUGCAUGUUCAGCUGCCUGAUGCCUUGGCGCCUCAGCUGGUUAAGGCGCAGUUGCACCUCCUCGGCUGCGCCGGCGACCGCUGGAGCCGCCGCGGCUGCCGCCGCAGGUGCCGCCGCAGGUGGCACUGCUGGCAAUGGCUGCUGUACUGGUUGAGCAGGAGCGUUUUGCGGAUUCGGGUCCGCCAUCUGUGCGGGGCGAGGUUCUGCUGAUUCCUAAUUAGAUUUAAGCCGAACUUGUAAUAUGUAAACUACACCUAACAGCCCUGGCAGAAGGGCCUAACAAACACUCGAUGAUGCUACUACAAAGGCAGAUGCCAAAAACAAGGGCAAGCUGCCAAUAAGAAGGAGGCAUUUAUGCCGUACAACUAAAGUCGUUAUAUUCAUUCCACCAAGAACCAGCCUUUUCUAACGUUCGUUCCUUCACUCUAGAAAAGUCUGCGUUAUAACAUUCUUGCCGGCACCGCCCCAACAGGCCCUGCAAAACGCCGCCUUUACUUUCUUCGGGGAAAUGCGCAACGAGGUUGGGCUAGACGUGGCCGCCAUCAUCUCGCGUCGCGGCAUCGACCUGCACUACUCGGAAUUCGGGCUGGGCGGCGGAGCCAGCCCCCUGGGUACGGCAGUCGCUCGAACGCCCACGGAGGCUGCGCGCAUGCCCUUCUACGGAGUUUGGGGCGCGUACCGGAAAGACACCGACCCAUGGGCCCCGCCGCAGAUGCGGGCCUUCAUGCACUCGUUUUUCCGCAAGACGCUUGACUGGCUGUCGCAAGGGGGCGGGCCCACCUACUCCGUCUCGCACUGCUUCCUGUGGGGCAUGGGCAGCUGGGACGUGCUGGGUAUCUACACCGAGAGCACCACUGAGGAGGGCAGCUACCGGGAUCCAGCGGUGGUUGCCGCCGUACGACAACAUAACGCCCGUGCGGCAAUCUCCCGAGUGAGCACGCAGCUGGUGGCGUUCAGUAAUAAGGGGAAGUGAGGAACUAGGGGACGAGGGUAAAGAAGAAGAAAAAUUUGAAUGGGUUGGGAGAGCCAUUCGUCACUGAAGCGUGACAGGAGAGGACAGGGAUGUGGAAUGACGGGUGUAAAUUGCGUAUGUACGCGUAAGGAUAGUAUGAGGUAACACGAAGGGCGAGAGAAGCGCACGGUUUUAUGGUUGGUAAGGAGCUUGGUAUGGAUGCAUGCUUGCCCCCCAGAACUGAUAGGUGGGCGUUGAAGAAGGAGCGUUCGGAUGGAUGCGUGAGUCGGCAAGUAGGGGUACGGUGAGAUGCAGUCAGUUGCCAAACCGCCUGGGAUGCUGUUCGGGAAGGUACUCGCUGGGUUCUAUCAACGUACUUGUAAUACUGCC